UUUUGAACUUCCUGGAGUCGGUUCGGUUUCGCUUUCCCUUAAAACAAUUCAGAAAAAAUAUUGAGCUCGUCUUGGAAUACACAGGUCUUAAUUUUUAGUUAAGACCUAGUUUUGAGUGGGCUGCAGACUCCUUUAGACCUUCUGAAUGCUGGCAUAAAAGUUGUCUUCUUUAAAGUUUGGGUUUUAUCGCCAUACUCUACACAGUUUGAAAAUGACGUCGGAAUCGUCGCUCAAUUUGAAAGAAGUUGAGGAGCUGGCCAACGCCUUGGGGGAGGCAAUCAGUAGCGGCGAGAAAGAAGAGGCAGCCAGACUUUCUCAAAUGUUGUCAGAACUCGCAGUCGCUGUGAAAGUCAACGUCGACAAUCGAGCCUACCCAAGUGACUCCAUCAAGUUAAAGGUCGGAGUUGAGGAUGGCCAGUCAGAAAUGGGCAUCCCUGUGAGUGUUGAAGUCUCCACAAACAUGACCAUAGCAGAGCUAAAGGACCAGUUCAGUCAGGACUUCGGCUUAAACGCGACACUGCAGCGCUGGGUCAUCGGCAAGCGUCUGGCAGGCGACGGCGAGACGCUGUAUAGACACGGCAUCCGCAAAAGUGGCGACCAGGCCUUCCUGUUCAUCCGCUCCGACCAUGCCGGGGCCCCACUGACCAGACACCUUCAGCAGCGCGAGGAAGAGCAGCAGCGCCUUGAUAGGAUCGCAGAGACGGUCAUUCUCAUGCCCAGGGGGCUACAGGCGGGAGCUCCUCCUCCCAUAGUGCGCCCCAAAGUGCCCCCCAAACCCGCCGUUGUUCCCAAGCGGGGCUGGACCUGUAAGGUAUGCACCUUCGUGAACAAGCCGACGCGUCCGGGAUGUGAGAUGUGCACUGAGGAGCGGCCUGUGGGCUACCAGGUUCCUGAGACCUACAAGCCAGACGAGGAGGAAAUACAGCGCAUGCAUCAGGAGGAACAGGCCAACCAGAUUUACACUGAGGUGUUGCAGGCCGAGGCUGUGCAGAGGGAGAGGAACUUCCUUGAGCUGCUGCAGACCGACGACCAGAGCAUCGUUCCAUGCGUCCAGGAGCUAGAAUGUUUAGUCUGCAUGUGCCCCGUGCUGCCAGGAGAGGGCGCCAUACUCAGAGAGUGCCUGCACAGCUUCUGCAGGGACUGUCUGAAAGGCACUAUAGUGAACAGCCAGGAUGCAGAGGUUUCCUGUCCCUUUGCAGACAACCAAUAUGACUGUGACAAAAAGCUGCAAGACAGAGAGAUAAAAGCUCUCCUGACCGAGGAAGAGCACCAGCGCUUCCUGGACCUGAGGCUGAGCAUCGCCGAGAGCCGCCAGAAGGACAGCUUCCACUGCCAGACGGCCAACUGUCAGGGCUGGUGUGUGUAUGCGGACGAGGUCAACGAGUUCCCCUGUGAUCUCUGCAAGGAGACCAACUGUAUUCUCUGCAAGGCUAUCCAUAAGGACAUGAACUGCAAGCAGUACCAGGACGACCUGCUUCUCCGGGCGGAAAACGACCUGGCUGCAAAGCAAACCAAGGAAAUGUUAGAGGAAAUGCUGAAGAGCGGAGAAGCCAUGAAGUGUCCCGGAUGUGAUGUCAACAUACAAAAGAAAAGUGGCUGUGAUUGGCUCAGCUGCCUGAUGUGUAAAACAGAGAUCUGCUGGGUCACGAAGCAGGCUCGCUGGGGCCCAAAUGGUACUGGUGAUAUAUCAGGUGGCUGUAAAUGUCGUGUCAACAAUGCGCUCUGCCACCCCAAGUGCCAAAACUGUCACUGAGACAAGUCCUACCGUACACACACACACACACACACACACACACACACACACACACACACACACACACACACACACACACACACACUCUAGGUCAUUAUUGAAGGACUUCUAUCUAUUUACAUUGUCUGAAAUGUAAAAAUUUAAUUACAUUUUAUUUGUAUAGCCCUUAAUCACCGGUAGAGUCCCAAAGGGCUUAACAGGGCAUAUAUUUAUGACAACUCCCUGACCCUAGCUCCCAAGAGGGCAAAAUCUCCCUUAAUGAUCAUGCAGGGAUGAUCAGGAGUGCAAUGUGUGCCAUAAUUGACCUGCAUACAUGCAUACAUACAGGCAAUACAUUUUAAAUCUGUGAUCGGGUGCUGGCCGGUUAGCCAUAAUGAGAGUCCAGGCAUCCAGUCGUAGUCACCGCAAAAUGCUAGAACAGACCAAAUACUGAAUUACAAGGGGAAAAGCUCAUACUGGAAAUGUAGACAAUCAUGAAGGAUUUGGGGACUGGUGUCUUUAUACUUGUCUCUAUACUACUUUUGUUUAUAUACUACUAUUAUUCUGUAAUUGAUUUUGGAUUCCUUAUUAUUUUUGUGGACUAAAUAAAUGGGUAAUAUGUGGGUGGAAAGACACUCGGAAGAACUGGAAAUCUCAAUUCUUUGGGAAACAUGUAUUCCCACAACAUUAAAUAAACUUUUAUAUGACCAUGA